GGGGGGUGUAACAAAACGGAAAAGUACCUUCCCAAUAUUUAAUUUAAUAUUUGAACAAUUAUACCCAUUUCGUAAAAUUAUUCCCAAGUUUUGCAGACUUCCAUUUUUUUAUUUUUGGCCACAGAAUCCGAAGAAAUGUCGUCUGACGGGCUCUCGGCCUAUCCAAAAAUGGUGGGAAUUGAUUGGAGCAUUCUAAGCGUUGUUGAGUCAAAUGGGGAAGUUGAUAUUGAAGAACCACUUGCUGAAGUUUCAUUACAAGCAAUUUCGCAGAACGGCUCUGAACAAGUAAAAUUGCUUUGUAACAAGAAUCAGCUCCAAGAUUUUCAUUGGAAUGUGAAAGAGGCGUAUAAUUUCCUCCUAAAGUUGACUCGGAAUAAUCCUAACUAA